CCGCUGUUGGGUUAAAACAGUGUUUGAAACCACUGUUUUAACCCAAAAGUGGUUUCAAAACACUGUUUUAACAACAGUGUUUAACCCAAUAGUGGUUUCAAACAUUGUUUUAAUACAAUAAUAGUUUCACAACACUGUUUUAACCCAAAACAGUGGAUUGGUAUAGUUUUUCUUUUUGUUUAAUAGGGUAGCAUCUCAAAGGAAAGGGAACAACUCGGAAUCUUAUACAAAAAGAUCGUGUGCUUGGUGCUGAUUUUUCUUUUAGAUGAAACGCUACUUGAUGUUGUGGUACUUGUACUUUGGCUGAAAAGGUAAAUUGUUAAUUAUUUUACUAUUUUGGAGAAGCAACAGAAUAAGUGUAUGGAGAAGCAGUCUAGGCUUUCUGAAAAGUACUGCCCUGUGUGGGAUUGCUCGGAUUCUGGUUAUGAAAAUCUACUCCAGUGUAUUAAGGUGUAUGCCAACAGCUGGGUUCAUCUUCUUCUAUGGAAGCAGGGUAGCUAUAAAGACCAUUAUGCCCUUCACUGGUUGAGUAACUGGUCUGUGUUCGCUUACAAUUGUAAAGUCAGGGAAGCUGGUUUUCUGUCGCAUAUGCACACUGCUGGUAUUUGUAUCAAGCAUCAUGGGGUGUUUUUGCAGGAUUUGAAGUGCUCGAACUUGGAUAUUGGCAAGCUGGUGCUUAAGUGCUAUAAUGGGCAAUGAAUACAUGCGCUGAAGACUCCUCUCGAACAAAUAUGGCUGCUGUUGUUAGCUGGAUAUAUUGAGAUGAUCAGGUCAUUAUUUCAAGGCCUUAUAUUGGAUUUGUAUGCCAGGGUUAUAUCAAGCAUCAUCUGUGAUUGUUUCUGUGAAGCUGAUUAGUAUGUACAUGCUGAUAAGCUUUUUGUACAAUGAUAUAAAUGAUUAAUUCUCUAAUAUGAGUAAUGACAAUUAUUUUUGUACUUAAUUAUGUACUUAGUCUGUAUAAUGUCGAUUGUU